AUUGACGUUAUCGUGUGACUUUGUGUCACACUCACAGCAAUGAGAGGAUUUCAGGAUCGAAAAUGGUGAGAGAUUAUUAGGCGCAGAAAGUUUAGGCAGGCAAAAUAAAGCAGAAGAAGAUAAUAUGGCAACCGUAUUAAUGGUCCAAUCAAACCCCCUCAUGGAGUAUACCUUAAUGGCCAUUACACCACCAAACUUUAAACGGGUUUAAGUUGCUCUCAAUCUCCCCAGAUUUUCAAAACUAACCCAAAUCACCAAUCAAAUCCCAUCCCAGGAAUUGGAUUUCAAUGGAAGAAAGCACCAUUCUGCAUAAUUAAACAAGUCCCAGGUUAGUCCUAUUCAUUCAUUUCAAGCAUGUUUCAUCCUUUUUCUGCCUAAUUGUACUAUCAGUAUGGUUUGGCAAUCACAGCUUCAUAUGGGGUCCAAGCUUGAAAGGUCCCAAAAGCAUGAAGCUGAAAGUAGGCAAUUCAGUGGAGGUGUUGAGAAAAGAAAAUGAUCUGUGUAUGUCCUGGUUUUCAGGUAAAGUAAUGGCCGUUGAUGGCGAUGACUUCAUUGUGAGGUAUAAGUCACUUAUAGACCGCAAAGAGGUGAUGGCGGUGGAGAGGGUGUACAGAAAGGCCAUUAGGCCUCGGCCUCCACAUGCAAAGAAAGAGAAGGGAUGGAUUGUUGGUGAUAUGGUUGAAGUGUUUGAUACGAAGUGUUGGAAGGUUGGGAAGGUAGCCAAGGUAGGGAAGAACAAUCGAGUUGUCAUUAGAUUUCUCGGGUCCAUUCAGCUUAAGGAAUUUGAUGAAUGUAACCUGAGGAUCAGGCAAGCUUGGGAUCAGAAUAAGUGGUCAGUGAUUGAGAAGGUUCAAAAGAAUAAUCAGAUUAAGAUUCGGAGCCAUAGAUGGGAUCAUUCAAAAGUUCAACUAGAGGCAAGUUGUGCAGAACCUUUCUCAAAAGAGAAGAGAAUUAGUUGCAAGAGAAGAAGAUCAAACAUUAAUGUGGGAGCAUGUGACAGGCCAUCAAUGAGUAACCAUUGGCUGUACAUGCAGGUAGAUAAAACAUCAAGGAACAACUCUAGUACUGAUAUAAAUCCCAAAAUGAGAAAGGCAACCAGCUAUGGGAUGCAUAGAUCUUUUGAGUCUACUCAGUGCACUGAGGAUAGUUACCCGUGUUCUGUGGCUAGUUGUAGUAUGAAUGAGCUUUCCGGCUCUCAAAAUGGGAGUUCUGCAGAACUUGGAGAAGAUAUUUGUGAUAGUUCUGACGCAGAGUCAUCAUUUCCAUCUUCGGCUGGGAAAAAACUCUCAGCUCCAUUACCAGAGCCUUAUGUGCUCGAUGUUGACAUCCACAAAUUAGAGCUUCACGCAUACAAGUCGACUUUGCAUGUGCUCUAUGCUUCAGGUCCCUUGAGUUGGGAGCAGGAAUCCCUCCUAACGAAUCUUCGUCUGUCCCUUCAUAUAACAAAUGAGGAACAUUUGCUGCAUGUGAGGCACCUCUUAUCUUCUCAGGUUCUUUGAUGAACUCCACACCAGUUCACAUUCUCCAAAUUACUUGUAAAGUGUAAAUACAUGUAAUUUGUUUUAGAUGAUUUGGGUUUUGUUUUUGAACUCUUAGCCAUUUUACCCUGAUAACUUUUAUUUGUACAAUCCUGUAUAAGUUGAUCAAUAAGUUUUGGGGGAAUCCUA